AUGAACAGAGUCUGGUCCACGUUCAGGUCCCAUACUUACAUAACCAACGUUGUAGGAUACACGUCCUUAUUUGCCACUGCAGACCUCAUCCAACAGAGUGUGCUUGACCAGAAGCGAGUAGGUGCAGAUCUCACACCGUCAGGUCAACAUCAAUGGAUUGCAAAUGAGGCAAGUGAGAGCAAAAAUGCAACACCAGACAUGAAAUUAAAGCAGAAGACGGAUUCCUCACCUGAACCGCAAAAGGGACUGGAGUCAGAAAAGAGCAAAACUGAUAAUCCUGGAAAGGCAAACCUGAUCUCAAAGGAGACUGAAGCCUCAUCAGAAACGAAAUCUGGGACGUGGUUUGGUUUUAACUGGGACCAGACGGCCCGGGUGGCUCUUCUUGGAUUUUCUUUUCACGCCAAUUUCAACUACCAUUGGCUGAAGGGCUUGGAAAGGAUGCUGCCUGGGACAGGAGUCAAAAGGGUAUCUGCGAAAGUGCUGCUAGAUCAAGUGAUUGCAGCUCCUGCAACAAUCAGUGUCUUCUACAUUGGGCUGAGUGCCUUGGAGGGAAGACAGGACCUUUUUGAAGACUGGCGAGAUAAGUUCUGGACUUCCUACAAGACUGGAGUGGUUUACUGGUCCACAAUGCAGGCAGUGAACUUCUCCUUGGUCCCACCAGUGGCACGGACAGUGUUUGUAGGAGGUGUUGCUCUCAUCUGGACCGUUUUUCUGUGUCAUUUUCGACAGCAAAGAGGCUGAAUGCUGACAUUUGUGGACCCCAUUC